GUUCCUUCAUACGAAUUGAACCAUAUUAGCUGGUUUUAUCAGCUGAUUAUCCGAUCUCCAUUUUCGAACUACUCUAGUAGUUUGGCUAAAAACCGUUGAUCAAAAUGCGAUAAAAACCAGAGCGUAUAUAAAUUUCUUCUCCAUUAUUGUUGAUUUGUACCGAGCAAACGAAAAAUGGAGAAGAAAGGAACCGUAUUGAUGAAUAAAUAUGAGCUCGGAAGAAUGUUAGGGCAAGGUACAUUUGCUAAAGUGUAUCAUGCCCGACAUCUGAAAACUGGACAGAGCAUUGCUCUCAAGAUCAUUGACAAAGACAGAGUCCUCAGGGUUGGUUUGAUGGAUCAGAUUAAAAGAGAAAUAUCGAUUAUGAGACUUGUCAGACACCCGAAUGUUGUGCAGCUACAUGAAGUCAUGGCAACAAAAACGAAAAUAUAUUUGGCCUUGGAGCAUGUCAAAGGUGGAGAACUCUUCAACAAGGUUGCUAAAGGUAGGUUGAAAGAGGCCUCUGCUAGGAAAUAUUUUCAACAAUUGAUUGCAGCUGUUGAUUUUUGUCAUAGCCGCGGUGUUUACCACCGUGACCUAAAACCUGAAAACCUACUUCUUGAUGAGUCUGGCAACCUGAAAGUUUCGGAUUUUGGAUUGAGUGCAUUGCUUGAAUCCAGAAGGCAGGAUGGCCUUCUUCACACAACAUGUGGAACUCCAGCUUAUGUUGCACCAGAGGUCCUCCUUAAGAAGGGCUAUGACGGACAAAAGGCGGAUAUUUGGUCAUGUGGUGUUAUACUAUAUGUUCUUCUGACUGGUUAUCUUCCAUUCCAUAGUUCUAAUCUCAUGGUAAUGUAUAGGAAAAUUAGUCGAGCUGACUUUAAAUGUCCUCGUUGGUUUCCCUCUGAUGUUAAAAGGCUUAUGUAUAGAAUUCUUGAUCCAAACCCGGCUACAAGAAUGUCUGUUGACAAGUUAAAAGAAAACCGUUGGUUUCUUAAGGACAAGAGCAAGAUAGAAAUCCCAGAGAGGGAUUUAGAAGAUGGUCAUGAUCCAAAUGCUAACAACACGUCUCCGCGAAGUGUUCUAGAUAGCAAUGGUGAGGCAGACUUGGAGGGUCAUAGUGAUGAUGAUCCUUGUGAACUUGAUCAAAAAACAGCUUGUUCUUCAGUGAAGCCUACUACAUUAAAUGCAUUUGACAUAAUUAACUCACUUUCACGUGGUUUUGAUUUGUCUGGACUUUUUGAGGAUAAUGUAGCCGAGGUUUAUAGAUUUACUACUCAAAAGCCAGCAGCACUAGUCUUGUCCAAGCUUGAAGAAGUUGCAAUGACAGAGAGUUUUAAUGUGAAGAAAACUCAUGAUUGGAAGGUGAAAUUACAAGGGUUCAAAGAAGGCAGGAAAGGGCAAUUAGCUAUUGAUGCAGAAAUCUUCGAAGUAACACCAUCGAUUUACAUGGUGGAGAUGAAGAAAACAUCUGGUGAUACCUUAGAAUAUCGUAAAUUUUGCAAUCAAGAUUUGAGGCCUUCCCUAAAGGAUAUUGUAUGGACUUGGCAAAGUGAUAGAAACCAGGUGCAAGAAUAGAACAUUUUAAGUAUCAGAUUGUUCACCAGCUGCAAAAUUAGAACAUCUAAUCAAAUGACAGGCUGCAUAAAGUUGCAUCACAUGAUAGCACCACAGAGAAGCAACCAUAACUUUAAAGUCUUGACAAAGCCUUGAAGGGCAGCAGGAGUCCCGAGUUCUGGCUGCCUGCAUGAAGAUUGAAUUGUCCUCGUCGUCUUCCGAAAAGAGAUACGGCUGUGAUGAAAAGUUCACGGUAUUCAAAUGCCACUCAUGUCUUAUAACUUCUGACAUGUAUAUAGGUUUCAUUGAAUCUAAUUAUUAUUUCAUUCGGGCAGUUGAUAGUGAACCUUCUAGAGGAGAUCCUAAAGGCAAGGGGCUCUGACUACCAGUUUAUCAUAUAAGUUUGUUUAUCAAUACAAUCUACUAAUCUCAUACUGUAAUGAGGAAAUUUUGAUUGAUCC